AAAUUCGAAUUUCAUUAAAAGUGUUUAUAUAAGUAAAUGUCGCAUAUAAAUACUACGUGAACGAAUGAUUUAUUAUCAUAAAAAAAGAAAAACAAAAUAGAUAAAAAUAAAAUAACCAAAAUAGAAAGCUAAAGGAAACAGUCAUUUUUUGUACAAAUAAGUGCUAAAGUCAAAGUGUGUGUGUUUUUUUUUGAUAUUUUUAAAUCCGGCAACUUUCUACUGUUGGCAAACGCAUUAUCCAUACAUAAUUCAAUCUUUGGUUUGCGUGAUCUUUCUUGGCGUGUACAAAAACUAAGCGAUUUUCUUGCCAUCGCCUUUAUUUGAACAACCAUAAUUGCCUGACAAUCAAAUCAAACCAUUGGCAGCGAACGCUCUCUAUGAUUUAUGAUUAACUGAUUGAUGCUGAAUGUAGUGUCAGUUAGCCAAAUAGUUCAACAGCUAGGAAAAAGUGUGUCAAUAAAAAGCAGAGUGUGAUUGUGUGCAAUAGUAAACAAAAACAACUUAAAAGAAAAUCCCAUUGGAAAAAUACAAUCAACGCUGUCUUGUUAGUGAUUCUCUAAGCUGGGAAAAGUGAAUAGAAAACCCCCCACCUUUCCUGUGAUACAAAAGAAAAACUGCAAUUAUUUGCCGAUUGCAAUUACAGGCUCGACCACUGACGACUGUUGCAAUUAUCAGCUCAGACAUUGUUUUUCUAUAGUUUGAACAUAAUUUUUCAUGCUAUUUUGAUUUGCUAAGGCCACACGUUCACACAACACACACGCACAGCUGUAUACUGUAUAAAGAAGACUGUAAUUCAUCUAGCCAUUAACCGCAGCAAACAUGUUUUACAUUGCUGAAGAGAGGAAAAAACUUGGCAACGACCAAUAUAAGGCACAAAAUUAUCAAUCGGCUCUGAAAUUCUAUGCAGAAGCCAUUUCAUUAUGUCCGGACUCGGCGACCUAUUAUGCCAAUCGCUCGGCAUGCUAUAUGAUGUUGUCCAACUACACAAAUGCCCUGACCGAUGCUCGUACCGCUGUUCAAUUAGAUCCCUCAUUCGAAAAGGCCUAUGUGCGAAUUGCCAAAUGCUGUGUGGCCAUGGGUGAUAUCAUUGGGGCAGAACAGGCUAUCAAGAAAAUCGAGGAACUAGAUCCACAAAGCAAAUCUGUGAACACUGAGAAACAAGCUGCCCAACAACUGCGCCAAUUGGAGCAGACCAUACAGACCAACUAUGACUCCAAGGCAUACCGCAAUGUGGUCUACUAUUUGGAUACCGGCAUUAAGUUGGCUCCAGCAUGUUACAGAUACCGCCUUCUCAAGGCCGAAUGCUUGGCCUUUUUGGGUCGUUGCGAUGAGGCCGUUGACAUUGCCAUUAGCAUUAUAAAACUAGACAACACCUCAGCCGAUGCCAUUUAUGUGCGUGGUCUUUGCUUCUAUUACACCGACAAUUUGGAAAAGGGCAUCAAACAUUUCGAACUUGCCCUGCAACUGGAUCCCGAUCACAAAAAGGCUCGCGAAAUGCGUGCCAAGAGUAAGGCGCUCAAGGAUAUGAAGGAAAAUGGCAAUGUUCUGUUCAAAUCAGGGCGCUAUCGUGAAGCUCAAACGGUCUACAGUGAAGCCCUGAAGAUUGACGAGUUCAAUAAGGACAUUAACUCGAAACUUCUCUACAAUCGCGCUUUAGUCCAUUCCAAAAUCAAUAAUUUGCGAGAGGCUGUCACCGAUUGUACGCGAGUGCUGGAGAUCAAUGACAAAUAUCUGAAAGCUUUACUUUUGCGUGCCCGCUGCUACAAUGACUUGGAGAAGUUUGAGGAGUGCUGCAAUGAUUAUGAGGCUGCCCUGCAAAUACAAAAAACCCCCGAAAUUAAGAAAUUGUUGCGCGAUGCUAAAUUUGCCUUGAAGAAAUCGAAACGCAAGGACUACUACAAGAUCUUGGGUGUGUCACGCAAUGCCGGCGAAGAUGAGAUUAAGAAGGCCUAUCGCAAAAAGGCUUUGGUCCAUCAUCCGGAUCGUCAUGCGAAUAGUUCGCCUGAAGAGCGUAAAGAACAAGAACUGAAAUUCAAGGAAAUCGGCGAGGCUUAUGCGAUUUUGUCGGAUCAACGCAAGAAGAUGCGCUAUGAUAGCGGUCAAGAUAUGGAAGAACUUGAACAAGCUGACUUUGAUCCAAAUCAAAUGUUCCGACAUUUCUUCCAGUUCAGCGGUGGCCCUGGUGGUCAAUCAUCAUUCGGUUUCGAAUUUUAAAAGCGAAUGAAAAAACUCAAAACAAAAAUGUUGCGUUUUUUGUAAUAACAACAAGAACAACAGAAAGGAAACGCAAAACACCCCCAGGACUCAAACACAGCCAAAAAAAAAAAAACUACAAAACCAACAACUAAGACAAGUCUACAGUUUAAAGAAAUAACAACGUUAAUAUAGAAAUACAAAAUACAAUUUUGAAGCCGCCGCCGUUGCCUCAAAGACGUCGCGUCGCUGUUCAAGGAAAAUAAAAGCAAAACGCAACAAUACAACGGAAAUACAUAAAAAAUAACUGAGGAGAUAAAUGAAAUAAAUGAAAAUUAAAAUGAAUAAACAUUUAAAUAAUAAAAUAAUAAUUUUUGCAUGAGCAUAACAAAAAACAAAACUUAAAACAAAGAAAAAUUAAUUAUUAAAAAAAAAUUAAAUAAUUUUUAGAUUAAACUCAGAUCAUAAUUUAUAAUAUAAAAACCAAUAUACACAUAUAUAGGAAUUUUCAAAAUAUUCCAAGAAAUGCCGCCACACAUAAAAAAAUAGAAACAAAACUAACGCAGAGUUAUGAAAGCAAAAAACUAUACUUUUGUGGACAGAAUAGUAAAAGAAAAACUUGAUGAGACUUGAUUUUGUUUUUAAGAGAUAAUGAUGAUGAAUGAUGUUUGUUGGUAAAAUAGCAUGCAAACACUUGCAUCUACUUAGCCAUGUUAUGACUUGAGAUGCUAAAAUAUUUGUAAAAAAACAACGCUCUAACUU